CUAUUCGUGAAUUAGCGCUAUGUUCAUUUUGUUCACAAAUUGGAAAACGAACACUUUUUUGCCUUACUGACGCGUCACUAUGGCAAAAAAGUGGUCGUUUCCAAUUCAAUCAACCGAUAUACAGGCCUUUGAAUCAGGUCAUAACCUCUUCGUGUCACAAGUCAAGACAAAAAAGUGUCAAAUUAUUUUCCUACUAAGAUAUCAACUAAAAAGGAUCAUACGUUCUCUGCAUUAUGGACGCAGUAUGACCUGGGUUUUUCUUGAGACAAAUGUUAAAGAACAUUCUUGAUCGAAAUCAUGAAUUUGAUUUCAUUAUAUUUGGACACAAUGCACGGAUAGUUGUGAAUAUUUUAGAAUACAAAUGUAACAAUAAUAUAUAUCCGACGCUCCAAAUUUUCCCUUAUUUUUUAAGCGAGAACAUUACUUUAAUGCUUCCUUUGUUCAAUGUGCCGGAACCACAAAAGGGACAGUAUAAACAUUUGACGCAUUCCAGAAUACCGCGCGCUAUGCAGAUGUUCUUGUGCCAAGCAGUUCAAAAGUUUUACCCGAUCAUGCCCCUUGAUGACACGCACUUCAACCCACUUGAUGAAUAUUCAACAGAAAACCAACCAAUUACCGAAGACUGGUAUCGUCAACAAUUCGAUCUCAUGAAUAUUCACUACCAAAUUAGCCAAUCAUUAUAUAGGGAAUAAUGAAAAAGUUAGGCGCAUCUGUCCACGUGUGAUUGAAGUUCGCGGUCGACAGGGCCGGCUAGAAAUAAUUCAAAGUUGCCUCGUGUUAAUGGUCAUUUGCAACAUCGACUGUAAUCAUGGAGGUGCUAAAUUCAAACAAGGGAAGAGUGAAGAUAAUAUUUCAAGGAAAUAUGUAUACAAAACACUAUGAGGGGAAGGAUUCCAUAAACUGGAGGUGUGUUAGGAGGGCUUACGGCUGCAAAGGGACUAUGAAAACGAGCUUAAACCAGACACAACCGCGCCCGGGUAAUGACCAUAACCACGAUAUUGACCAAGUAGGAGCGGAAAUUGCUAAGGCACGGCAAGAAAUGAAGAUGCGCGCAUCUACCACCCACGACACGCCCAAGCAGAUCUACACAGAUACAGUAAGAAAUCUUCCAAGGGAAGUGCAGGCAAGCCUGCCAAGCCGCGCAGUCGUUAGGAGGACCCUGCUUAACCAGCGCAGGGGACCGGCUGAGCCCGACUCUUUGGCUGAUUUAGUUUUGGAUCCGGAGUUUACGAUGACUGAAGGACCAAACCCAGCACAAUUUCUACUUUACGAUAAUGGGCCACAAGCUCAAAGUCGAAUCAUCGCCUUUGCCACAGAGGAAUGCCUUGCUCACUUCGCAAAUGCAGAGCUAUGCUAUAUGGAUGGAAAUUUUGCUAUGUCCCCGAAACUAUUCAAGCAGCUCUAUAUAGUCCGAGUUCCCCUUGGCCUUGAUAAUGAAAGUGUUGAUGUAACAGUUGUAUAUGCCUUUCUGCAGAGGAAAACCAAAGCGAUAUAUGUGGAAUUAUUUCAAGCCAUCCUAGAUAAAGUCACAGAACUUGGACUUCAACCAAGACUUCGCACAAUCGUAACAGAUUUUGAGAUUGCUGUUAUGCAGGCUAGUGACGAGGUAUUUCCUCCCCAUAGACAUCAAGGAUGCUUCUAUCACCUCACACAGGCGACUUGGAGAAAGAUUCAGGAACUUGGAUUGAUCGAGCAUUAUCGUGAUACUGCAGACUUCCGUCACUUUGUAGGCAUGCUCGAUGGCCUCGCCUUCUUGCCAGAGGUUGACAUCGAAAGGGGGUUUGACUACCUGAGGAAUAUUGCACCACCACAAGCGAAUGGCUUACUCGAGUACUUUGAGAGGACCUACGUACGAGGUCCCGUGCACCAACGUCAAGGGCAGCAAUUUAAUAUGCGUUAUCGACUUCCACCCAUCUUCCCUCCCCGGACCUGGAAUGUCAACGAGGCUACCAUAGAUGGCAACCCUCGCACCAACAAUUCUUGUGAGAGUUGGAAUUUCGGGUUCCUGAAACAAGUUGGGCACUACCAUCCUACUUUCUGGAAGGCACUGCAAAACCUGAAAGCGGAGCAAUCAGCAGUUGAAGUAGCCAUUUCCCAGUUCCUGAUUGGUAACCCGCCAAAAAAGGAGAUAAAGAGGGUAUAUCGUGAUCUGCAACAUCGCCUCCGCAACCUCUGCGUAGACCUCCGCGAUGGAAGGCGCGACAUGGCACAGUUCCUGCAGGCAAUAAGCCACAAUAUUCGACCACUUAGGAUUUUGAAUGUUGAGCCAGAUGACGCCUAGACAGAGCUUGACAAUAUAAUUCCAGUGACAUACAGCAUUAAAACUUCAUGGACAUAGGAUUGUAACAGAUAUGAGUUAACCUGUUUAAGAUUUAUUUGAUGCUUAUCAACAUUUUUUAUCUAUUUAAAAGUCAACGCUGCACCUUAAUUUGGCGUAUUUUGUGUUAUUGUUUUACACGAUCCCGCAAUUUUAUUAAAAGCAUAUCUUGAGAGAAUGUAUUUUUUUGCUAAACGUUGAUAUUUUUAAAAUAAUCUCUCUAAGUAAGUUAUAAAAUCAUUAAUCGUGAUGUCUGCUUUAACUUGGUGUAUUUUGCGUUUAAGAAUGUUAAAAAAUCAAUUUUUUUUUUGGGGGGGUGAAGAAAAUAUAAAAAUGUAACUAAAAAAAAUCUGGUUUAAAAGAGUAUGCAUUAUCAAUGUUCCAGUCUUUAUUCAUGUUGAGGUACAGAAUUUUUCAUUAUAACCAUGAUAACUUCACUAAACAGAAUCACACAUUUUUCAACAAAUGUACAACCCGAUUUGUCUUAUGAUGUAUAUAGUCAUACAAGCAAACUGAAGAUGCCCAAAGCUAUAAAUUCUAGAAGACAUGUGAAUUGUCAGAAUUGUCUCUUGAGUAUUUCAUUAAAUCCAAAAUCAUUAUUGCUUACAUAAACAUUGGUGAAAUAGUUCAUUAAAAAUACAAAAAAUGCAGGAAAUCAAGGGACAGUAUUAAAAGCAUUACAAGGCUAUGCUAGUUGAGUUGGGCAUACAAUAUUGUGGAUUGUAUAUAUCAACACAUUUUUAAAUGAUGUAUGACAAUGUAUUUUACUAUUUAUAAAGAUAUGAUUUAGUAAGAUCAUUAUUUUUUUACAUAGCUAUUGACAUUUAUAUCUAGUAUUAUUGGGCCUAUACAAGUAAAGUGCAAAUGGAAAAGUUGACACUUAAUAAUUAUGUCUGCCCUAGUUUUAUUUCAAAACAUUUUUGUUUCUAUCUUAUGAUUAUGAUCUCCCCAACCAAUUACUUCCGUGAUGUUCACGCUUUAUCCAUAAAGUCUAAAAUUGCCUUAUAAGGUUGAAUUAAAUGGAUUAAGUAAAGUCAGAAGCAUUAAUUGAUUAAGUAAUGACAAUCAAUUUAGUUGCAUCUUUAAGUCUUAACUAAAUUAUAUAGCAGUGUGUAAUUUCCAAAUCAUAAAUGUUACAGUAGCCUAGUGGUUGAAUAUAGAAACGUUUUAUUGUGGAUUUAAAGGGCAAUGAAGGGUGUAUAAAAUGAUUUAGGAUUAUUUGAAAUUAUAUUAGCAUGCACUUCUUGUCAACAGCCUUGCCACCACUCAGUAAUUUAUUUUAAGAUGUAUUCUGUGAUGAUUAAUACAUUCCUCGAACCAUCAUGCAACACUCCAUUCGUUUGUCAAAAGGAUAACAGUGAAGCGAAAUGUAUUUUUAAAACAUAAAGGUGGUUGUUAAAUAAUGUUUAAAAGUAUAUUAUUUUGUUUUCGAAAGAGAUGAUAUUCUUAAAGGGUUAGAAUCAUUCGUGUGAAUGGUCAUUAUAGUGAGCAUUUGAUACAUACAAAGAAUCGAGGCAGGACCUGAACCCUGCAAUAAAAAGUGUUUAACGGACGACAAUUUUUCCACUGUCCUUUUUUAAUUAUUAAUAGUUGGUGUUAAUGUGAGAAGCAUGCAAGUUUGUCAUGUAUACUUCAUUCCAUUCCAAGCAUUCCUAGACAAAAUAUACAAAUAAUUUGGCCUUUACACUAAAAAAUAUUUCAAGGGAGGAUAUUGGGGGAGGUGAAGAUUUAUCUAUGCUAUGUAGGCUCAAUUUAUGUAGUCGGGGAUGUAAUUCUUUGGAAUUGCCUACUGUUUAAGUGAAUGCAAAGUAUAUUUCUAAUAUUAGUUAAAAUUCACGAUAAAGCACAAGACUUCGAAUUGAGUAUGUGUGAAAGUGAGGGGCGCAGAUGUGUGUGCUUGAAAGAGAAUGCCGGCGGUAUUUAACAAGCGAAGGAGCGUGCAUUGAUGUUGUCAGGGGUGGGAUUGGGUUUGUUAAAAUAAACAAUAAUUGUGGUAGGCCUGUGAAUGAUUUAUUUUCAUUUGGUACAAAGCCAAUUCGUCCAAUUGCCAACUCGUCUACCAUUAUUUAUUCUUCUUCUUGGUCUAUGAUCAGUUCUUCCAAUAUCUACAUGUACAUGGUCUAAUAACCAAUUCUGCCAAUCAUCAUUUCGUCUGAUAACAAGUUGGUCCAAUAGCCAAUUAGACAAUAUACCGUUUGGUCUAACUAGACUAAAUGUUAAUUGUGCGAUAUUAAUGAAAAUAAAAACGAUUGUUAGACUGGUUAUGAGACGAAAUGGUCAUAGACGGGCUAGUGAUUAUCAUUGGACUAAAUGGUUGUUAGACAAAAAAUAUCAUGGAAAGAAUGGCAGUAGACUAAAUUAAGGCAGACCGUGUGGUGAGUGGACGAAUUGACAAUCUACCACUUUACUAUUUCAUAAUCCAUUGUCAAGAAAAUGAAAAUUGAUUGCUCCCUUUUGACUCGAAAAAUUAUAGUUGACAAAAUUAUGGAUUAUAAAGUGAUGGUUAUUUCCCGCACUUUCAGAUAGGGUUUGUAACAUUCCGCGACGUAGUUCGAGAAUGCACCCGUCACAAAGACCAGCGGCGUAACAGAGGUCGGUGACCAGGGCGGGGGGGGGAGCAAAAAAAUUCCCGGUCAUAUCAUGGUAUGAAUAAUGGUGUAAUGAGGGGAGUAUUUUGAGAAGGCCAGAUAUGGCGUUUUGGGCAGAAUUUGUUUAUACAAAAAUCAAAUUUUGUGAUAUUUUGACAUGAUAUCCAUAGAAUAACAUAUUUCACUCUUCUCUCUUUAUAUUCUUUUUUGUGGUCUGUACGUCACUGUGAACAGGAUUCUUUGCGGCAGUAGCGUGAAGAGUAAAAAAAAAAAAAAAAACGAGGGGCGCAGUAUAGCACAUGUGCUAAAAAGCAAAGCGAGUGAGAAAAACAAUCUUUUCAUGAAAAUCUAACUUUGAGCUAUUUUUUACAUUAUAUUCAUUAAAAAAUCAUAUCCCGCCCACACCUUUCCUUUGCUGUUAUUUCCUCCCUUUUUACUUCUUAUUCAUAGAACUUUUGGGGGACUUGCCCCCCCCCCCCAUGGCCUAACCCUUCCAUACGCAGUGCUGUGCGGUUGGGGUCCGUCCGGGGCGGAGCCCCUGGAACUUCUUGAUAUAAAAGCCAUUUAAACCCUGCAGAUUGCCGCUAUUUUAAUCAAAUCGCGGGCAUAAACAGAAUAUAGCUUUUACACAACUAAUUUAUUCAAUCCAGUUGCGUAAUGAACCAAAUAUUUUGAGGGGGUAAAACACAGCAAUGUGGGAAAAAUUUGUUAACAGUCACCAGCAAGCAAAGCGAGCUGGAAAAAAAGUUGCCUAUUGAAAUCAAUCUAUAAUUAUGUGAUAUAUUUUCCAUCAUAUUCAGCAAUUAACACAUUUCAUUGUUUCCAUUAAAUUACCCAAUGUAUAAUGAAAUAAAUUUUAUUUCAUUAUACAUUGGGUAAUUCACUUUAUUUCCACUUGGGUGUGGCACCAAGACACCCCCUCCCCGCAUGCCAGUGAUUGAACAGGGGGCCGUUAUAGAGCCAUUUGAAAGUUAUAAAUGAAGAGCCCGUACUGCGUGGGGUCUGGGGCGAAGCCCCGGUAGCUUAUUUGCAUAAAAUUUAUCCAGCUUAUGUUGUAUGCAGUCCAUCUUUCUUCCCGCACUUUUAUUCAAUCAUUGGCAGCCCGGUCGUGUUAAUUUUUUUCUUGUCCCUUUUCUUUGUUUUCCUUAGCUUUUGACUGCUAACAUUUUACCUUCGUUUCCCGCUAUUGUUUGCCAUUUCGUUAUCUUUGAUUUAGUUCCCACCGUGCUAUUGCAUUAUGUAGGUCUAUUUCAGAAUGAUUUGUUCUUUAUCAAAUGUUCUUUUUUCGUAAAUUUUCCCGCUUUCCUUCCUUUUCCAG